AUGCCUCACUACCGCCUCAAGUCCAUCCAAGAGCAAUCAACUUCUGCCAAGUCGGCACCAUCGAUAGAUGUCCCUGGCAUCGUGAGAGAUGUAAUCGCGGACAUCCGCCAGAACGGAGACUCCGCCGUUAGAAAGUAUUCCGAGAAGUUCGACAAAUGGAGCCCAGCGUCAUUCAAGCUAUCAGAGAAGGAGAUCCAAGAAGCCAUCGCCGCACUUCCGCAACAAACUCUCGACGACAUCAAGGCGGUCCAGGCCAACGUGCGCAAGUUUGCGGAAGCACAGCUUGCAUCGAUCAAGGACUUUGAGCUGGAAAUCGAGCCUGGAGUCUUUCUAGGACAGAAGAACCUCCCCAUCGAUGCAGUCGGCUGUUACAUCCCAGGUGGCCGAUAUGCAUUGCUGGCAAGUGCCCACAUGACCAUCUUGACCGCAAAGGUUGCCGGCGUAAGGCAUGUUGUCGCGGCUACACCACCCAUCAAUGGCAAGAUCCCCAACGCAACAGUGGCUGCUAUGUACUACGCCGGGGCCGACGACAUCUUUAUUCUUGGUGGUGUGCAGGCCGUGGCAGCCAUGGCAGUUGGCACCGAGACUAUCGCGAAGACGCACUUUCUCGCAGGACCCGGCAAUGCAUUCGUCGCAGAAGCUAAGCGUCAAUUGUUUGGAGAGGUUGGCAUUGACCUCUUCGCUGGACCGACCGAAGUACUCGUAGUUGCUGACGAGCAUGCCGACCCUUACAUGUGCGCCGUGGACCUUCUCUCCCAAUGCGAGCACGGCCCAGAUACUCCUGCCCAACUCAUCACGAAUUCCGAAUCUGUUGCGAAAGCGACCAUCAAAUACUGCGAUGAGCUUCUGAAGGUGCUGCCAACCGGUGCCGUUGCUUCGGUGUCUUGGAGUACCCUCGGAGAAGUCAUUGUAUGUGACACGAUCGAUGAAGCAUAUGCCGUUGCAGAUGAGUACGCAUCCGAACACGUAGAGAUCCUCACUCAGACUCCUCGCGAUGCACUCAAGAAGAUGUCCAACUACGGCGCGCUGUUCCUAGGUGCCAACACCUGUGUGUCGUACGGUGAUAAGUGCAUCGGAACGAACCACGUCCUUCCAACCCGAAAAGCUGCACGAUACACUGGAGGCCUCUGGGUCGGAAAGUAUCUCCGUACGACGACCUACCAAGAAGUUCAGAACAACGAAGCCAGCGGCAAACUCGGUCGACUUUGCGGUCGCUCUGCCCGUGCUGAACUGUUCGAAGGCCAUGCACGAUCUGGUGAUCUGAGAGCAGCGAACAACCUGAAUGACAAGUUUGACUGGAUAGAGCAGACUCGCAAACCUGCCAGCAACGGGGCUAAUGGAGUCAACGGUGUGCACUAA